ACUUCCGUGUUUUGAGCCGGGCGGGCAGGAGAGAAUCACGGCUGGUGUGUGAAUGUGUCGUUUUAUGUGCGCGCGCGCACGCGCGCGGCGCGCCUGUGCUUGUUUUACGUGAGCCCGGCAUGCAUUUUGUGCGUAUUCGUACGUGUCGACGUUUACGUUAAUGGAGUCUAAACAGCGAAAAUGAGGAGGAAGACGGAAGGAGAGAAGUGUGAACUUGUAGAAGUCAGAAAUGGAGGACGAAGAAGCCUCUGAGAAAAAACAGUGGAGGACUGACAAGUGAGACAUGAAGUGACACGAGAGUGAGGCUCUGCAAAAACUACUGAGUUGGAGAGGAAUGUGAGCAAGGAUUAAGUCAACACUAAUCUCGCAACACACACACACGCACACACACUUUGUGUGCCUUGUUUCAUGACCUUUGGCUCGUGGAUUAUUGACUUUGUAGCCUUUGUUAGGGUAGCCAUAUUUGAAGUCUUUUGAGUCCCUUGAACGCCGGUAAUAACGUUGUAAUAGUCAUCUUCACGUUUACAUUUGGUGAACACUGUCUAGUUGGUGUUAAGGCAAACGCGUUUACACUGUACCAGCAAAUAUUUGUGAGCAGGUUGUAUGCUAUGCUUUUGAAAAGUCAUUCAAUCACAACUGCCAAACAUUUUAGUUGUGAAUUGUGUACCACAUUUGAAGCUUCUUCAUUAUAAUUGAAUGAUAUCGGUUCACUGUGCUUGAACAAGAACAUUCCACAAGCUUUUAUAGCUUCACCGGUCAAAAUGAGGCAGGCCUAAACCUUAAAGCACAAAACUUCUUAAAAGUAUCCGACAUGGAUAUCAAGACCGAGCAGAUGUUAGUCGCAAGGAUGAACCCACACGAUUAUUUUCCCGAGGAAAAUGCAAGCGAUGGAGAGGAAUUAUUCAAAGACGAUCAAGAUGGGGGAUCAGGUUCCAGCUCAUCAACUUCUUCACGACGCACCUGCUCCCCCAUCGCCCCCUCCACCCCGAGCCUCCCUCCAAACUGUCUGGAGGAAGAGAAGGAGAUGCUCUUCGGUUGCUCCAAAUCAUUCACUGGACUAAAACUCUUCACAAGAAGAAAAGCAAUAGCAAAAUCUGGCCUCCACCAUCUGCCCGGUCAGCCCAGUACAUCAUCAUUAAAUCGAGCAGAACCAGAAGCGAUUAUCCGCAGCACUGUUGACUGGACUGAGUCUGCUCAGCAUGGAGAUCAUAUCUGGUUCGAGACGAAUGUGUCUGGAGACUACUGUUAUGUGGGAGAACAACACUGUAUUGCAAGAGCACUGCAAAAGUCAGUCACCCGGAGAAAGUGUGCUGCCUGCAAGAUAGUUGUCCACACAAUCUGUAUGGAACAACUGGAGAAGAUCAACUUCAGAUGCAAGCCAUCGUUCAGGGACUCGAGUUUCAAAACCACUCGAGAGCCCAAUAUUGUACGGCAUCACUGGGUGCAUCGAAGAAAACAAGAGGGAAAAUGUAAACAAUGUGGCAAGGGCUUCCAGCAGAAGUUUGCUUUCCACAGUAAGGAAAUCGUUGCCAUUAGCUGUUCGUGGUGCAAACAGGCGUUUCACAACAAGGUGUCCUGUUUCAUGUUACACCAAAUCGAAGAGGUUUGUCCAAUAGGAGCUCAUGCUGCCCUCAUAGUUCCACCCUCUUGGAUCAUUCGAGUUCGACGUUGCCAGGCAUCAAUGAAGUCAAGUAAGAAGAAAAAAAGGACAUCCUUCAAGAGAAAAAGCAGUAAAAAAGGAGCUGAGGAGGUACGACAGUGCAAGCCCUUCAUCAUCCGGCCCAUUCCUUCCCCGUUGAUGAAACCCCUGGUGGUGUUUGUCAACCCCAAAAGUGGAGGAAACCAGGGGACAAAAAUCCUUCAGUCUUUCAUGUGGUAUCUGAACCCAAGGCAGGUUUUUGACCUUAGCCAGGGAGGACCCAGUGAGGGCUUGGAGUUGUACCGGAAAGUUCAUAACCAAAGGAUUCUGGCCUGUGGAGGGGAUGGAACGGUGGGGUGGAUCCUGUCUUGCCUCGAUGAACUUGGGUUAAAUCCUCAACCUCCUGUUGCAGUUUUACCACUUGGGACAGGAAAUGACCUUGCCAGGACUCUCAACUGGGGAGGGGGCUAUACUGAUGAACCCCUGACCAAAAUCCUGUCUCAUGUUGAGGAGGGAACCGUGGUCCAGCUUGACAGGUGGAAUCUACAUGUUGAAGCCAACCCCAACGCAGGGGCUGAGGUGGAUGAGCAGCAAAGUGAUAAGCUUCCCCUGGACGUGUUCAACAAUUACUUCAGCCUUGGCUUUGAUGCACAUGUAACCCUCGAGUUUCAUGAGUCACGAGAAGCCAACCCAGAGAAGUUUAACAGUCGUUUCAGGAAUAAGAUGUUCUAUGCUGGGACGGCAUUCUCAGAUUUCCUGAUGGGAAGUUCCAAAGACCUGUCGAAACACAUCCGAGUUGUGUGCGAUGGGACUGAUUUAACAUCCAAGGUUCAGGAUUUGAAGCUCCAAUGUCUGGUCUUUCUCAACAUCCCAAGGUACUGUGCUGGUACCACACCUUGGGGAAACCCAGGUGAACAUCAUGACUUUGAACCUCAGCGCCAUGACGAUGGGUACAUUGAGGUCAUUGGGUUCACCAUGACAUCAUUGGCUACGCUUCAGGUCGGAGGUCAUGGCGAGAGGUUGAAUCAAUGUCGUGAAGUAACCCUCACCACCACAAAGGCGCUUCCUGUACAGGUGGAUGGCGAACCAUGUCGACUCGCCCCCUCCAUCAUCAACAUCAGCCUCAGAAACCAGGCCAACAUGGUCCAGAAAACCAAACGGCGGGCAUCAUUGCCACACCUCAAUGACCAACAGCGGAUCCCAGAAAGGCUGAGGCUUCGUGUCAGCAGAAUCAGCAUGAGUGACUAUGACGCUCUGCACUAUGACAAGGACAAAUUGAGACAAGCGUCUAUUCCAUUGGGACUUAUAGUAGUUCCUGGAGACAGCGACUUGGAGACAUGUAGAGAACACAUUCAGCGUUUACAAGAGGACAUCUCCUUUGUCCACUCUUCUUUGAGAUGUGUGGGACUUCAGGAGGAAGCUGUCAAGACGAAGAAUGUUUCGUUGCAGCGAUUGUCGCCAAAGUGGUGUUUCCUUGAUUCGACAACAGCUGAUCGUUUUUACAGGAUAGACCGAGCACAGGAACAUCUCAACUACGUGUCCGAAAUCUCCCACGAGGAACUCUUUAUCCUCGACCCGGAAUUGAUUGUUACAAUGACGGUCGGCACCUCCCCAACGGCCAUGCCCGACCUGGUUCAUCCUUCCCCCCGCUCGGCCGAAAACAGGGCAAGCAGCUUAGGUCGGAACCCCGAUGAAGUGUUUGUCUUCCCUGUGGCUCCCUGUCUUUCUCCAACCUCGCCUUCUUCGAACAAGAUGAACAGUGACAGCCCCGCCUCAGCACCGAGUUCAACACCUGAGGUCAGAAAACUACGAAGAAAAGGUUGCAUCCAGCGCUCUGUCACCACUCCUGAUGAGGUGAAGCCUGUCAUGAGACUUGAAACGUGUCAAAAGUCAAGUGAUGCAGGAAGAGAAGAAGAAAAAGAGCUGUUGAUGCAGUGUGUAAAGACCAACAAUUUGAAAAAGCUACAGGAGCUGCAUGAGAAAGGAUGUGACCUGACAUGUGUUGACGAAUCGGGCUGCAGCCUGCUGCACCACGCUGUCAGCGCGGGAAGCAAGGAGAUGGUCCGCUUCAUCCUUGACAACGCUCCAAAGGACCUCAUUGAUAAGACGGAAGACAUUCACGGCGAAACAGUUCUUCAUCGGGCCGCGUCACUGUGUCACAGGACCAUCUGUCACUACCUGGUAGAAGCGGGAGCCUCGCUGAUGAAAACCGACAUGCAGGGUGACACCCCAAAGAACCGGGCCGAGAGGGCUCACGAUGCUGAGCUGGCAGCUUACCUGGAGAAUCGGCAGCACAACCAAAUGAUCCAGAGGGAGGACCAAGAAACGGCCGUCUAAGCCUUUUCAGAACCACAGCGAGAGAAGCUGCCGAGUGACGGUGGAGCUGUGCCAAAAGUCGCCAUGAUGAGGACACGUCAAACACGUAUUGAUCAAGAAACAACUCAGGACAUUUCCUGUAAUCUGAGUGGAACAUUAACAGAUGUCUCGGACCUUUUUAUUGGAUUUUUUUUUUUUUUUUACUUUUACAUUUUGAGUUACCGAAAUAGCCAUGAAGGGGCCAUUCAUGUGAUGUUUGUUUUUUCUUUUCUUUUCUGUUUGGACCCAGUUUCCCUCCACAUGACUGACAAAGCAAAAACAAAACUAGAAGCCUUUAGAAAGUGUUUUGCAAUUCUAGUUGUACUUUUUGUUGUUGCCUUUUUUUUUACUUAAGUGCGCAUAGUAAAUUAUUUGUUAAGUUGCUUACACGGCAGCUAGCCAAAUAUUCACACACCAAAAAGAAAGAAUAAGAAUCACAUUUAUUUGUUCGAAAACUUUAGAAAUUGAUGUUAACAUCUCUAACUCGCGAGCGCAUUUACUUUUAUUCAUACUUGCCAAUAAUAUCUGACAAUUAAGUUGAUACACUGGUUGUGUUUGUUGUUUUGACGUAUCUAAUGUAGUUUUUGAAAUUGUCAUGAGGUAAUAAAACAUUUUCCAGUGGUU